AUGUCUGUGCUCAACCGACUCACCGAGUUUUACCGAUCAUGUCUCUUUCAGAUCAUCAUCGUCGGUCUUGUCAGUCUCUGUGAGCCAGGCAUUUGGACGGCAUUGAACAACUUGGGAGCUGGAGGUCAAGCCAGUCCAUUCCUCAACAAUGCCGCCAAUGCCUUGACCUACGGUCUCAUGUCUGUUGGCUGUACCAUUGCAGGAGGUGUCUCGAAUAAGAUCACGCCCAAGUGGACACUGGUGCUGGGAGCCGCUUUCUAUACUCCCUACGCCGCAGGCCUUUACUGCAACAACCGCUACGGAAAUGAGUGGUUCAUGCUAUUAGGAGCUGGUCUCUGCGGAAUCGGUGCUUCACUACUAUGGGCCAGCGAAGCAGCCAUUGCUGUUGGCUACCCCGAGGAGGCGAAGCGAGGAAAAUACAUAUCUAUAUGGAUGGGUAUCCGCCAACUCGGCCCUCUGGUCGGCGGCUCCAUUUCUCUCGCGCUCAACGUGAACACCAAGUCGACCGGAAAAGUGAGCUACAACACCUACCUCGGCCUCAUUGCCAUUUCGUCCCUCGGUGCUCCCUUUGCUCUGUUGCUGUCCCAGCCGCAAAAGGUCGUUCGGAGUGACGGGACCAAGAUUGAAUAUGUCCGACAGACGAGCAUCGGUGUCGAGGCACGCGCCAUUUGGAGACAGCUCAAGAGUGCCUAUUUGUUGCUGUUGAUCCCCGUGUUUAUCGCGGGACAAUUUGGUGUUACUUACCAGAGUAAUUAUCUAACCACCUACUUCACCGUCCGCAGCCGCGCCCUCGCCUCCUUUCUCACCGCCAUCGUCGGCUUCCUGGCCAAUAUCACGACGGGCUUCUUCCUCGACAUGUCUUCGUUGUCGCAAUCCGCCAAGUCGCGCAUCUUUUACAUCGGAGUCGUAAUCUUCAUCACGGCCUGCUGGAUCUGGAACGCCGUCGUCCAGGUCGCCCUGGUAUCCCAGCCCGACACCACCUUUGACCUUGGCGCUGGUCCCUUUGCCGGGUCCGCCUUGGCCGUCUACAUGUGCUUCCGUUUCUUUUACGAGGCCCUGCAGACAUACUUGUACUGGCUUAUGGGUGAGGUCGGCGCGCAGUCUGGACAGGAAGGCCGACGACUCGGCGACGUGGCAAGGAUGACGGGCAUCUUGCGGUCUUGGGAGUCCAUUGGCAGCACCAUUGCGUACGUGGUCGGUGCCACGCACUGGUCCAACAUGAACCAGAUGAUUUUGGGCUUUGUGCUGUGGUUCGUCACCGUGCCGUUUACGUUGGCUGCUCUGUUUGGACAUUGGCAGCCAGAGGUUGGUGUCGUCAGUGAAGGAGCCACAACUGACAAUAGCAGCGUGGAGGAACAGAGAGUGGAAGCCGAGUCAAAAAGUGCAUAUUGA